AUGAACGAUACCGAUGAAUGCAAUGACGAAAAUGUGAAGAAGACCCUUGUUGGGGUCAUUGAAAAUAAUGAGAAAAGUCUAAAAGAUCAAGACCCUGUUGAUGAUAAGGAAAGACCCCAAGAAGAAGACCAUGAUUGUGAUCAAGAAGAUCUCGAGUUGUCAACCCAGGGAGGAGAUGGAAGAAUCCCAAGUCCUGCUGAAAUCAAGCUUAAGAUAAAGAAGUCAUUGUUGGAAUUCCGUUGCAAGGUUGAGGAUGCCAUUCUUGGAAACUACUUGUUAGGGGAAGAACCACAUGAGAAACUCACAUCAUUGAAGAGGGAACAACUCAGAGAUAUUACUCUCUGGGGUGUCCCUUUAUUGCCAAGCAAGGCUCAUGAAGGUACUGAUAUUGUCUUGAGGAAAUUCUUGAAAGCCAAAGAUUUCAAGGUUAAUGAUGCAUUUCACAUGCUACAGACGACAAUGAUAUGGCGAAGUGAGAACAACAUUGAUGGAAUCAUUGAUGAGGAUUUGGGUUCUGAGUUUGAGAAUGUUGGGUUCUUAAAUAGUAGGGAUAGGGAAGGUCGUCCUGUGUGUUAUUACGUUAGUGGGGUUUCCAGAGACAAGGUCUUGUAUAAGCAAACCUUUGGAACACAACAGAAACGUGACAAGUUUUUGAGGUGGAGGUUUCAAUUGAUGGAAAGGGCUAUAAAGAAGCUAUGCUUUAGAGAUGGAGGGGUGGACUCUAUUAUUCAGAUUUAUGAUUUAAAGAACACAUCAAUGCAAGGAAUGAAGGAGCUUAACACAUUCACCAGAAAAGCUCUGGAACUGCUUCAGAACUAUUAUCCUGAGAUCAUUUACAAAAAUAUUGUAGUAAAUGCUCCAUUUUGGUUCUACACGUCUCAAGUGCUAUUCUCAAGGUUCAUGAAUCAGAGAAGUAAAAAGAAGUUCAUAUUAGCUAGACCACAAAAGGCCACACAGGCACUUCUAAAGUUUAUAGCCCCAGAUCAUCUUCCAGCUGAAUAUGGUGGUCUAAAGAGGGAAAAUGAUCAAGAUUUCUCUCCUGCUGAUAAAGUUUUAGAGCUUAAAAUCAAAGGAAAUACAGUUUCUAGAGUUGAAUUUCCUGUCAAUGAGCCUGGAGUGACCGUAAUGUGGGAUGUAACUGUGAUUGGAUGGGAUGUGUCCUACAAGGAAGAGUUCAUUCCAGAUGAUGAAGGCUCAUACAAUAUAUUACUGCAAAACCAAAAUAUAGUGGGUGAAAGCACCAGAAACUCCUUUUACAUCAAUGAACCUGGGAAGAUAGUGAUAAGAGUUGAAAAUGGGACCUUCAAGAAGAAGAAAAUGUUCUAUAGAUCUAAAACCAGAACCACUGUUCCCAUGUUCAUCUUGCUAUAG